GAUGCACCUGCAUUGUUUUUAAUGCCAUGGUCGAUCCAUUUAAAAUAUGGACUGGGUAUUUAACAACAAAGUUUCACCAGUUUACCCAGUAAAUGCUACUUUCACGUUUUUUUUGGAGCAUUUUUAAUUGGCAUCUAUCUGUUAUUUUAUAUUUACCCUUAACUGUAUUACUGUGAUAAAUUUGUCAAAUUCUGUUCACAGCUAAAGUUAAGUCUAAAUGUAGUGUAUCGAAUUAUAUAAAUACAGCACAAUGAAUGUGGUAUUUAGUGGGUCGGUCAGUCGACCCAUCAACACGAUACAGCGCCUCUGGGUUUAUUUUCCAUGUAUUCCUUAUUCUCAAGAAUGAAACCAAUAGAAACACUUCAGUGUAAGCACCAGACUCCAGAGCAGAAAUGAAAUCGAAAGUGAAACUUUCACACACAAGAAAGAAAGAAAAAACGACCACACACAAGCAAGACACGACCCGAGUCGCUCCUGGUUCCAGAAUUGGGUUUUUAAAAAACUGAAGGCACUGAGGCUUGCCAGCAUGUCUAUCCAGUUCUGUGGCUGGGAAGCCUGCCUCGAUGGCCGGAAGCACUUAAAACCAGGGCAGCAACCUGAGAGAGGCCACGGAUACACCAUGUACCACGGGACCCACAAGGACAGCGCCCGAACCAUCAUCACUUCAGGGUUCAGGCCGUCGGCAGGGGGCACUCUGGGGCAGGGCGUGUACUGCAGCCGCGCCAUCCAGAAGGCGAUGGGCUACCCUGGGAACUGCAGCCCUAAUGACAGGGUGGUCCUGCUGCUGAAAGUCAGGGUGGGGAAGGUCAAAAAGAUUGACGCGCAGAACUGGAACCUGGCGACCACCUGGCAUCAGAGCGGCUACGACACUGCGUGGAUACCCCCAGCCGGGGGCCUCGAAGAGGAUUGCGUCUGGGACCCCAGCAGGCUCACCGUGGUGGGCAUCGCGCACUGCACGGACCCGGUCACCAAGAGCGACCUGGAGAAGCUGAUUAAGCAACACUCCAAGAUCCAGGCGCGGGCAGACAAGGGGACCCAGGGUAACUGCAAGGUGUGUGGGAAGGACGGAGGGGCGAGCCAUUCCGUCAGCAAGUGCUGGGGGUGUGCCAAGAGGAUCUGCCCCUUCAUGGUGAAGCACGUCUGCAAGAAACAAGACCGAGAGUCUGUGCCCUAACUAUCGUCUGCCAUUGGGGAAAUCUUAUGAAGGUGUUAGAAUUGAAGAGAAGGUGGAGCUUAAGCAUUACUGUGGUCUGAACAGUAGACAAGACACUUGGGUAGUGCUUGAGCUCCUGGACAUUAUAGCAAUCAUGCCAGCCUUUGUCCUUACUGAUUAAUCACUGGUCCGUGUAAGCGUUCCAGGAGGGUGUUUAACAAGCCUAGGAAUGAAAUGCCAACU